AUGCCGAGGGGCUUCCUGGUAAAGCGAACUAAACGGACAGGCAGCUCAUAUCGAGUGCGCCUAGCUGAGCGGGGCUUCCCCAGGCUGGGGCCCCAGGGGGCGCAGCCCUUCCCCGAGGAGGCUUCCAAUGCCCCCCAGCCCAGUACGGAGCAGGUGGCACCCCCCACCUUGGAGGAGGCAGCGGUGGCCCGUGAACUGUCGGGGUCGUCCUGUCGGGCGGCUAGGGUGAGCCUGGGGGAGGACAGGCAGGAAGGUGCUGCGGAGUGGAGGGCGGAUGGUAGGGAGGGUCCCGGGCCAAGCCCUAGCCCCACGAAGCCGGCGGGCGCGGAGCUGCGCCGGGCAUUCCUGGAGCGCUGCCUCAGCUCACCCGUCUCUGCAGAGUCCUUCCCUGGGGGUGCAGCCGCAGUGGCUGCUUUCUCCUGCUCGGCGGCGCCAGCAGCUGCACCGACCUCGGGGGAGCAGUUCCUGCUGCCACUCCGGGCACCGUUCCCAGAGCCAGAGUUCCACCCAGACCCUGCGCCCCUCUCGGCCACCCUGCAUGGCCUGAAGCGGGCCGCUGGCAAUGAGCGCCGUGCCAAGGCACCACCGGGCUGCACGUCUGGACCUGCGGCCGCCGGAGUCAAGAAGCCAAAGGCGAUGAGGAAGUUGAACUUCACUGAUGAAGUGACCACGUCCCCUGUCCUGGGCCUGAAGAUUAAGGAGGAGGAGCCCGGAGCACCAUCCCGGGGUUUGGGGGGAAGCCGCACGCCACUGGGGGAGUUUAUCUGCCAGCUCUGCAAGGAGCAGUACGCGGACCCUUUCGCUCUGGCUCAGCACCGCUGCUCCCGCAUCGUACGCGUCGAGUACCGCUGCCCUGAGUGCGACAAGGUCUUCAGCUGCCCUGCGAAUCUUGCCUCCCAUCGCCGCUGGCACAAACCGCGUCCCGCAGCGGCAAAUGCCCCCACAGUGUCUUCAGCCGACAGGAAGCCGCCUCCUUCGUCUUCCUCGACCUCCCCAGACUCUGGGGCUGUUGCAUCUUUCUUGGCGGAGGGGAAGGAGAACAGCCGGGCAGAGCGAGGGGCCGAUCAGCACUUGCAGGCGAGGGACAGCUCCAGGGCGGAGCAGCACCAGGACAGCACCGCGCUUCAGGGCCUCCCGGUGCUGUCCCACCCUGAGCCACCGCUGCCUCAGGUCCCUUAUACGGAGGGGGUGUUGGGGCGCCGGAUGCCUGGGCCAGGUAGUGCCAGUGGUGUUGGGGGACCCGAGAUCUUCAUGUGUCCAUAUUGUCACAAAAAGUUCCGUCGCCAAGCCUAUCUGCGCAAGCACCUAGGCACUCACGAGGCAGGCUCUGCUCGUGCGCUUGCCCCAGGCUUUGGCUCCGAACACUGUGCCCCACUCGCCUUCGCUUGCCCACUGUGCGGGGCGCACUUCCCGUCCGCUGACAUCAGGGACAAACACCGGCUGUGGCACGCAGUCCGCGAGGAGCUGCUCCUGCCUGCUCUGGCCGGGCCCCCCCCUGAAGCACCAAGCCCAGGCGGAGAAUCCGACGGGAGUGCUCAGCAAAUUUUCUCGUGCAAGCACUGCCCGUCCACUUUUUUUAGCUCCCCGGGGCUGACCCGGCACAUAAAUAAGUGCCACCCCUCAGAAAGUCGGCAGGUACUGCUGCUGCAGAUGCCGUUGCGGCCUGGCUGUUGAGGAAGGAGAUGAGGAAGAUUGUGCGGUUGGCCUUGGAGGAAACAGAUAAUGGGAACUUCU